UUAGCUUUAUAAGCUUAGGCACCUGUGACUUGUGAGUGAGUGAUUAGCUUCUGAGCUUAGGCAGAAUGUAAAUACGGGUUGAAAUUAGGAUCCAUAUUCAAGCCAACCCACCCGGAUCCUUAAACCCUGCUUAACAUUCGGUUUCAGCCAAACCCCUAAUUUCCGAUUCCUUCAACUUCAUCUCAACCUCCGUAAAUUCCCAAUAAAAUCUAGCAUUUCUCCCGCAAUGAGACACUAUUUUACCCGAUUCAUUACUCAAUCCCUCACCGGCAUCCCCCAAUCCCGAAUUGAAACCCCUCUGAAAUGCCAUAAUCUGAUUCGAAAAUUCUCGGAUACAGCUCAGGUGUCGAAGCCUGCCCAAUCACAACGAGUAGAUGAGAUCGUUGACGAGCUUUCUGCUCUCACAUUACUCGAAAUAUCUGACCUAGCCGAGGUCCUGAGGCAGAAAUUGGAGAUUGAGGAUAUGCCGAUGAUGGCGGUUAUGAUGCCAGGGAUGGGAUUCGGACCGGGAAUUUCGGGGGCGAAGGGGAAAGGCGGGAAGGAGGAGGAGAAGAAGGUGAAGACGUCCUUCGAUUUGAAGCUCGAGGGCGGCUUCGAUGCGGGUGCGAAGAUUAAGAUUAUUAAGGAAGUGAGGGCGUGCACGGAUCUAGGCUUGAAGGAGGCCAAGGAUUUGGUGGAGAAAGCGCCGACUUUGCUGAAGAAAGGCGUGACCAAGGAUGAGGCCGAGAAGAUUAUCGGGAAGAUGAAGGAGAUCGGAGCUAAAGUGAUCAUGGAGUGAGUUUGUGCUGUAAACUAGAGGAUAUCACUAGUUACAAAAGUGGAAACUGGUUGAUACAGAGGCCGUGUCCCAUGCGUUGAUGUUUAUAAAGGACCGACCUCAUUGUGGAAUCGUGUGAAUCCAGAAUAAUACUGGUUCAAUAUAUUAUAGAGGA